AUUCCCUUCAUUUAUUUAAAAGCAGCGCUUCUGGCACAAGGACAAAAAAAAGGUAGGAGAAAAGGAAACCGUUGAGUUGGCUUUAAUUUCCAAAACUCAGCGUAGUGGUGCCGUUCGCCGCCGACGAUGGCAAUUGCGGACCGGCCGAAGUCCUCUAGCGGAGACACGAAGCUCUUCGGUCUUUGUCCCUUUUGGCAGUCAGGGAACGGAGCUUCCUCCACUUCCUCUUCCACCCAGAACUUGAAUCAACCCGGUUACCACACCGCCGCCGGCUCCGCCGCGAAAUCUUCCGCCUCGUCGCCGUCAGCCAAGACGGUUUCUUCCGUCGCCAGAUCCCUUCUCCCUGCUCGUCGCCGUCUCCGCCUCGACCCUCACAACCAUCUCUACAUCCCUUAUGAGCCGGGAAAGCAGGUGAGAAGCGCUGUGAGGUUGAAGAAUACUAGCAGGUCGCAUGUUGCUUUCAAGUUCCAAACGACUGCCCCGAAGAGCUGCUACAUGCGCCCGCCGGGCGGCGUUCUCGCUCCGGGAGAAAGCCUAAUUGCAACAGUGUUCAAGUUUGUCGAGCAGCCGGAGAGCAACAGUGAGAAGCAAGCAGCAGGGGGGAUGCAGAAGUGCAGGGAUAAGUUCAAAAUCAUGAGUUUGAAGGUUAAAGGAGGGAUGGAGUAUGUGCCUGAGCUUUUUGAAGAGCAGAAGGAGCAAGUAACAGUGGAGAGGAUACUGAGAGUGGUGUUCUUGGAUCCAGAGCGGCCCAAUGCUGCGUUGGAGAAGCUGAAGAGGCAACUGGCUGAAGCAGAAGCUGAUCUGGAAGCACGUAAGAAUAAGCCCCCAGCGGCGGAGACAGGUCCCAAGGUCAUCGGUGAAGGCCUGGUGAUCGAUGAAUGGGUACGUUGGUUAAUCUAUCUCAUUUGGAUCAAGCUGCUACAACAAUGCUGCAUGCCAAGUUAUCUCAUUAGGGUGUUUCUUAUUUUGCAGAAAGAACGGAGGGAGAAGUACUUGGCCAGGCAGCAAGUUGGAGCCGCAGUGGACUCAUCCUGAAGAAGUUUUUAUCCUCUUCUUCUUCCUCCAUGGCAACCAAUGGUGUUUUUUGCGAGUAUAUGGUAGAAGAUUUGUACUGGUCAGUUGGCUGUUCUGACUGUGGUAUCCAUUUCUGUUCCCAGCCUCUGUAACAGCCCUCCAGUAGUUCUUGAGCCCAUCGCAAUCUGCAUCUGAUUGUAAAUACAUGUUGGUUUCUAGGGUAAGCAAGUAAAAGAGAAAUAAAAAGCUUUAGAGACGUAAUGCAAUUCUGUAUAUGGUGAGUAAUUUAAAGCAGUCUGCCUAGCUUUUCAUGGUCGUUUGCCAACAAAUGCUUCUUUAUGUUGACAAAAUGUUUGAUAUUAGCUGAAUCCUCCUGCCUUGUCGAGCAUGUUAGAUUGUUGUUUGAUCUGUAUUCGAA